UCGGCAAUGGGAUCAGCGCUUCGGGAAGGCCACAAGCUUAUCUCCCCUGUUGGUGGCAAGAUUACCGUCCUUAGCGCCUCGCUGCCUAGCGUUGGGUAUGGAAAGCUGGAAAUGCGAGAGGAUCGGAAGCUGCUUAGUACGUCUAGAGAAUCGAAGCUCUUCCAAACUUCCAACAGCUUUUAUAAGAGCUUUACCAUCAAAUGUUCG